AUGCUACGUUUCGAUAAAGUUGGGUUCCAAACAAAAAAGGAUCGCGAUAUUUUUGUCUACUGGGCAGAGUAUUUUUAUAUGGAAAAUGUACAAAAAACUGUACAAAAAACAGAGGAAAAUACAAUUAUUAAUUUAAAAAUUGAAAAUAUUACACCGAAAAAUGGAUGUAAUUUGGGU